AUGGGACCUGUCGACCCAACCUACCCCUUGUAUCCCGUCGCCAGUACCCUUGCAGGCUUGAUGAUGCUUUUUGUACUUCUGACUAGCUUAAUACGGCAGAAUUGGAAUCUUGGUGUUGCCUUCCUGUGUUUCUGGCUUCUUUUCGAGAAUGUCACUUACGCCGCGGAUACGAUCGUGUGGUCUGACAACAUCGACCUCAAAUCAUAUGCGUUCUGUGACUUCGCAUCGCGUCUGGACAUGGCCACUUAUAUAGCCAAGCCCAUGUCCACCCUUAUCAUCACACGUCGGCUGUAUCUGGUUGCCAGCCUCCAAUCUAUCGAUCUUCCAAAUACUGCCUCAAGACGCUUCAAUAUGUGUAUAGAGUGGACCCUGGGCUUUAUCUUUCCGUUGUUGGUAGCUGGCCCUAUAUACUACGUGCACCAGGAGCUUAGGUUUGUAAUACAGGAAGGAUUUGGGUGCGGAAACGCUGUGCAAACAUCCAUCCUCGAGAUCCUGACUAUCGAGAUAUGGACUGUCAUCCCACCUCUCGUCUCCAUAAUCUUCUACUAUCCACGCGUAGUGCGGACAUUCUACCUACAGAGCCGUGACACCAACAGCUUCCUACGAAGCAGUAGGACAGUCUCCCGAACAAGCUACAUCCGCAUCCUCUGCCUCGCAAGCAUCGAUCUCUUGUUCACGUUGCCUAUCGGCAUCGUGAACCUCGUUCUCAUCGCGACAGAUACGGAAGGGCAGACUCUGCCAUUCUACGGAGGCUGGAUGGAGGUACAUGAGUGGGCAUGGGAACCACUGGGAAUAUCCUAUGCAGAAGUACAAGCCGGAGGGACCACGAAUGUUGCAGAAAACUACUUCGCUAGGUGGGUGUCCGUCGCGCUAUCGUUCGGCAUCUUCGGCAUCUUCGGCCUAACGUCCGAGGCGCGCGCAUCGUACUGGAGCAUCAUCUAUACUGUCCUCGGAUUACUCGGCUGCAAGCCAACCUCGCGCGCGCGAAACUUAGAGGCGUCUUUCGGAGAGAUCGAGUUUGGCCCUCGGACGCAGGACUCCCAAGGCAUGACGCUCGGCGACGUGGAAACGGGUGUUGGGACGCAUCAGCAAAGCUUCGUGGGACCUCAGUCCUCUGUCGAGAAACAGAGUGAGGUCGAUACUGUGCUCGAGGGUAUGGAACAGAAGUCGGAUGACGAGUCUAAGGUGGAGUUACGCAAAGAGAGUGGCGAAUACAAGUAG